AUGGCCAAAAGCAAACGACGGUCGGAGGCUGUGGAAGAGCACGUGACCGGCUCGGACGAGGGCUUGACCGAUACUUCGGGUCACGUGAGCCCUGCCGCCAAGAAGCAGAAGAACUCGGAGAUUCAUUUCACCACCCAGGCUGCCCAGCAGUUGGAUCGGGAGCGCAAGGAGGAGUAUCUGGACUCGCUGAUCGACAACAAGGACUAUCUCAAGUACCGUCCUCGAGGCUGGAAGCUCAACAACCCGCCUACCGACCGACCUGUGCGAAUCUACGCCGAUGGAGUGUUUGAUUUGUUCCAUCUGGGACACAUGCGUCAGCUGGAGCAGUCCAAGAAGGCCUUCCCCAACGCAGUGUUGAUUGUGGGCAUUCCCAGCGACAAGGAGACCCACAAGCGGAAGGGAUUGACCGUGCUGAGUGACGUCCAGCGGUACGAGACGGUGCGACACUGCAAGUGGGUGGACGAGGUGGUGGAGGAUGCUCCCUGGUGUGUCACCAUGGACUUUCUGGAAAAACACAAAAUCGACUACGUGGCCCAUGACGAUCUGCCCUACGCUUCCGGCAACGACGAUGAUAUCUACAAGCCCAUCAAGGAGAAGGGCAUGUUUCUGGCCACCCAGCGAACCGAGGGCAUUUCCACCUCGGACAUCAUCACCAAGAUUAUCCGAGACUACGACAAGUAUUUAAUGCGAAACUUUGCCCGGGGUGCUAACCGAAAGGAUCUCAACGUCUCGUGGCUCAAGAAGAACGAGCUGGACUUCAAGCGUCAUGUGGCCGAGUUCCGAAACUCGUUCAAGCGAAAGAAGGUCGGUAAGGAUCUCUACGGCGAGAUUCGCGGUCUGCUGCAGAAUGUGCUCAUUUGGAACGGCGACAACUCCGGCACUUCCACUCCCCAGCGAAAGACGCUGCAGACCAACGCCAAGAAGAUGUACAUGAACGUGCUCAAGACUCUGCAGGCUCCUGACGCUGUUGACGUGGACUCCUCGGAGAACGUGUCUGAGAACGUCACUGAUGAGGAGGAGGAAGACGACGACGAGGUUGAUGAGGACGAAGAAGCCGACGACGACGACGAAGACGACGAAGACGAGGAAGACGACGAGUAG